AUGAAGGUACAUAUAUUCGGUAAUAGACCUUCACCAGCUGUUGCCACGCUGGGAUUGCGCAGGACCGCUAAAGAAGGAGAAAGUGAAUUUGGAAGUGAUGCAAGGGCCUUUGUAGAAUCAAACUUCUAUGUAGACGAUGGUUUGAAAUCGUUUGCAUCAGCCAGAGAAGCUGUUGAUUUGCUGACACGUACCAGAAACAUGUUAGCUACAGCCAACAUUAAACUACACAAAAUAGCGUCAAACGAUAAAGAAGUUAUGGCAGCCUUUGCUCCUAGUGAUCUUGCACCAAAUGUUCAAGAAGUCGAUCUUGGGUCAGACGCACCGGUUAUGCAAAGAUCAUUGGGAGUGUAUUGGGAUAUGAGGUCUGACACUUUUACGUACAAAAUAUUACAAGCAAAUGGCGAACCAAGUACCAAGAGGGCUGUCUUGUCAGAAAUUAACAGUAUGUACGAUCCCUUGGGCUUUGCAGCGCCGGUCAUCAUAGAAGGCAAGAUGCUACUAAGAGAAAUAAUAGGAGAAAACAAAGUCGGAUGGGACGAGCCUUUGCCACAGCAACCUCUAGAAGCUUGGAAGAAAUGGAGAUCAUCCGUAAAUGAACUCUCGCAAGUCAACAUUCCAAGAGCUUACACUCCAUUUCCAGCUAAGGAGGCAGUACGUCGUGAACUUCAUAUAUUUGGCGACGCAUCCAGCCGAGCAAUCAGUGCUGUCUCGUAUCUCAGAAGUGUAAACAAGUCUGGAAAGGCUUAUGUGUCAUUUGUGCUAGGGAAGUCAAAACUGGCACCUAAGGCGGCUACAACAAUACCACGUAUGGAGUUGUGUGCGGCUGUGCUGGGUACAGACGUUUCAGAGUUAGCCGUAACAGAAUUAGAUCUCAAAAUAGAUGCAGUGUACUUUUACACUGAUAGCAAAGUGGUAAUGGGCUAUAUCACCAACAGGACACGUAGAUUUUAUCUUUACGUGUCGAACAGAGUUGCAAGGAUUCUCAGGGUUAGCAAACCUGAAUACUGGAAGUACAUACCCACUGCUAUGAAUCCAGCUGAUGUAGGAAGCAGAUCAAUCAAGGCGAAAGACCUACAAAAUUCGCCGUGGUUACAAGGACCAACAUUCCUACAUAAGUCGUCAUUACCACCCAGUUUAGAAACCGACGAGACGAAUUAUGAUGACGACCUGGACAAUGAUCCAGAAGUGAGAAACACUGUGUCCGCAUAUGCUACCGAAGUCAAGAUGACUGGUGUACUGGAAUCUCAUCGGUUUAAUAGAUUCUCUAGUUGGUUAAAGCUGUUACGAGCAAUUGCAAGUUUAAUAUUGCUUGCAAACAAGAGUAAACGCAAGGCAAAUGUGAUAAGUGACAAAGACAGGUAUGCCUUGGCUGCAAAUAUUGUCAUAAGGACUGUGCAACAUGAAGCCUUUGGGGAUGAGAUUAGUAGUUUGAAAGCAGGGAAAAACUUGUCAUCCAGUAGUUCGUUGGUGAAACUGAACCCUGUUCUGGACAGUGAAGCAUUGUUAAGAAUUGGAGGUCGUGUUACAGCUGCAUCGGAUUUAACAUUCACAGAAAAGCACCCCUUAAUUAUCCCGAAAAAAACUCACGUGACUUCUCUAUUGGUCACUCACUACCACCAAGAAGUUGUACACCAAGGAAGACACCUUACAGAGGGUGCUGUACAUGCUGCAGGCUACUGGAUAAUCGGUGGAAAACAGGUCGUGUCAAGAUUGAUAUAUAGUUGUGUGACGUGUAGGAAAUUGAGAGGGAAGUUUCAAGUGCAGAAGAUGGCAGACCUGCCAACAGAAAGACUCGCUCAAGAUCCCCCGUUUACAUAUGUAGGCUUGGAUGUGUGGGGCCCUUGGUCUGUGGUGGCAAGACGCACGAGGGGAGGCUUAGCUCAAAGCAAGCGGUGGGCCGUUUUAUUUACGUGCAUGUGUUCAAGGGCCGUGCAUAUUGAGUGUAUAGAAUCUAUGGACGCCUCAAGCCUUAUAAAUGCCCUUAGACGAUUCCAGGCAAUUCGUGGUCCGAUUAAGCAACUGCGAUCUGAUUGCGGGACUAACUUUAUAGGAGCUUGUAGUGAACUUCAAGCAAGCUUACAAGAAUCAGGACUUAGCAAGGUCAAGAAAUACCUCUUAGACAAGAACUGUGAAUGGAUCUUCAAUACUCCACACUCUUCCCAUAUGGGAGGAGUGUGGGAAAGAAUGAUUGGUGUUGCUAGGAGAAUUCUUGAAGGGAUGUUUAAGACACUCAGAGUUACCAGUAUCUUCAGAUCCAGAAGUUCCGACUGUUCUUUCUCCGAACAUGCUUCUCACACAGAAGACUUCGACAUUUGUGGCACCUAA